AUGGAUAACAGUCAAGAAAUAAAGUUUCCAUCGGGUUUGGAACUGGAAUCAGAUUUGGUAAAGCCCACCAUGCCAACUAAUGAACUUACACCGAACGAACAAGAUCAGGCCAUCUGUGGGGAUGUGGAAACAACUAGUGAGAAAGUAACUGCGAUUCAAACAAUCCAGGGAUCCGUACAAAUUGGUGAUUCUUCCUCCAAAGAGACUUUGAGUGCAGAACCAGUUGAUACCGCACAGGAAUCAGAUGCAAAUUCUGGCAAUGAAGUUGAAAGUAUCGCUAACGAGAAUACACCUGGACAUGAUCAUAUGAAACGUGGACAGGACAACGUGAAUGAAAAUACGAAUGAUUUAACACCUAUCACUAAUGCAGAAGAUAAUUCGUCCCAAGAUAAGGGAAACGAUGAAGUCUCGGAAGAAGCACACGCAGGUAAAGUGAAAGAUUUUCUUGAGGGUCAGACACAAGAGACGGUAGAGAAGUUUUCGGAUGAUGAAAUCAGCUUGGAUGAUAGCAGUUCUGAUUCAGAUUCUGAUAGUGUCUCUAGUCUGUCUGAUUCUAGUCUGUCUGACUCCAGUCUGUCUGAUUCCAGUGAUUCAUCCGACGAUGAAGAGACGAACAAUAAUGAAGAGAUCAUUGACGAACUUGAGGAGGAAGAGGAAGGAAGCAGUGGUCCAAUCUUGUCUAAAAAUGAAGUUAGCGAUGAAGCUGCACCAACUUUGCCUUCUGACUAUAAAGUGGCUGAGAAUGCACCUCUAGAACUUGUUGGAACUAUUACAUCCCUAGUUGAGAAGAAUAUCAUCAUCAAAGCUAAUAUUUCUGGCGAGUUUAGGGUCCUCAAAGAGAAUAGUGUAUUGUGUUUGGAAGACAGACAGGUCAUUGGUCCCUUAUUCGAGACUUUUGGUCGGUUGCAAGCACCUAAUUAUAGAAUCAAGUUCAAUACUGAUGAAGAGUUUGAAAAGUUCAAGGACAAAAAAGGUGCCAAAGUGUUUUAUGUGGUUCCAGACUCCCAAUUUUUGUAUACGGAUGCAAUCAAGAAAGCAAAAGGGACGGAUGCCUCAAACUGCCAUGAUGAAGAACUUCCUGAAGAAGAACAAGAGUUCUCGGAUGAUGAGCAAGAAUUAGCGGCUAAACAAGAGAAAAAGAAGAAGAAGAAGCAAAAACAAAGGAAAAAUGACCAAGGAACUGGCGAACCUGCGAAGAAGAAACAUCAAACGAAUAGUGACCAAAAAUUUGUUUCUUAUGGAUUUGCGUCAAAUCUGACGCCAGCGACACUCCCAUCAACGCCCCAGUAUGGUGCACAGUACCACCAUCAUGGUACUUCUCCUCAUGUAAAGCCAUACGUUCAGUCUACAGAAAACGUUCUGAACCCAUAUGGUGUUCCAAUAAACCAAGUACAACCCAAUCCAUACGGUCAACCAUACCCAUAUCAGCAAGCACAAAACCAGUUCUAUCCACAACCGGGAUAUUCAAAUGCACCUCAGUAUCAAAAUAUGCCCUAUCAAAAUGCUAUGCAAUUUCAGCAGCAGCCUCAAUAUCAACAGCAUCAACAGGCUCUGCUGCAAUUGCAUGCCCAAUUUCAACCGCAGACCUCGUUUCAACAACAGCAACAAAUGCAAUUACAGCAUGCCCAGCUAACUCCCCUGUCGCUUCAGACACAGCAUGCAUCCCAGCCGUAUUACGCUCAGUACCAACAACAAGGUACCAACCAAAGCAAUUAUUCCCAGGCGCAAUGGGCCCAGGCAACUUCAGAACCCAGUGCAUUACAUCAAUUGCAACAAUUAGUUGCUAACCGUCUCACACAAAAUCAGCAUCAACAGGGCCAGGAGCCUCCUGGUAAUUAG